UUGUCUUCGGAUGGACCUUGCUGCUUCCAGAAACCCAUCCCCAUUUACAGUACGUCAUCAAACGGACCCUUUAAAGCGACUGUAGCGGCUGUAAUGGCACAAUAUUCGGGAGCGAAGCAAUAUCAGAGUAUGAAAACACUGUCUCCAGUCGAAACGAUGGCAACUAACGAUCCUCUACCACCUGGGUGGGAGAUCAAAAUUGACCCGCAGACAGGUUGGCCGUUUUUUGUGGAUCACAACAAUCGCACAACGACGUGGAAUGAUCCGAGACAUGACACGAAAAAGAUUUUUUCAAAUGGCCCCUCUAUGUCCUCAGAGUCUCCUCAGGACAUGCAUAAAACCUUUAUUCAAGAGAUGAGGCAACCAAUGCUACGCCAGGGCUACAUCCCCAUCCCAGUCUCCCAUGAAAACAAUGAACCCAGGCUGCAGCAGUAUCCGAGUUUCUCUUACUUCCAUCCAUCAGUGCAGCAAAACUUGAGAACAGAAGGACGUACACCUUCCCCGACCCCAACAGCACACUGUCGGCCUAAAUCUCCAGUACAGGCCCCAUCAGAAGCAUGUUUGUCUUGCUCUCCUGCUUUACAUGGGCCUGAGGUUCAUCAACCACAGGGGACACACCAACAAAUCAGUGGCCUUCAUCAACAGCCCCGACCCAGCAGUACGGGUCUCCGAACAGGCUACAUCCCUAUUCCGGUGAUCCAUGAGGGUGUAGGAGGGGGCCUACAACCCCAGCCUAGCCAAAGUUCUCAUCCCACACGCGAAAAAAUCCCAAUCUACCGUGAACAAGUGCCCAUUCAGAUUCAACAGAACCGCGCUGCCAGUCCCAUCCCAGUCCCCUUAAGGGCACAGUCACCUGUCAUUUCUCAGAUCAUGGGAGAGAGACCCCAGAUCCAGCAACACAUUGGACAUAAACCUGAACAACCAGUCGAAGAAAUUGCCAGAGCGUCGCCUGCAUUUGAGUUUCCCAUUCAGAGAGUUAGUGAUGUUCCUCAACAAAUAUAUCAUCAGCCAGUACACCAACAGCAACAAAAACAACAACCUGCACAAACACCUCAGCCAAAAGCACAACAACCUACACCGCAGUCACCGCAGAUAUCAGAGACAUCCAAUAUUACCAUACAAGUUCCUCCAGCACCAGAACCCCAGGAAACAGUUGCCCCUCAAACCCCUCAAGACGUCCCACCGCCAUACGUCGAGCCUGAGGAGACUCUGGAACAAGAUCUGAGUCACCCAGGACUGAUCAAAGUGCAUCAGAUAUUGGAACGUGUGGAUAAACUGGCGCAGGAGGUGAAAUGCUUCGAUGGGAAGAAGAAUGAUAAAAGAUACUUGUUGCUGGAGGAGAUGUUGACCAAAGAACUGCUGGCUCUGGACUCGGUAGACCCUGAAGGUCGCCCAGAUGUGCGUCAGGCUCGGAGGGAUGGUGUCCGCAAAGUUCAGACCAUUCUAGAUGAACUGGAGGUGUUUGGAGAGCAGCUGGCUGGUAACAAAUGCCGCGAGGCGGAAGGAGAGCCAAGUAUGAUUUAUCAAGCAAAUACAGAAAAGGUCAAGGAGAUUUCAUAAUCGCACAAAUUUGAAAAGAACACUAAUCAAAUCCCCAUUCUUGUUUUUACUUGCACAAUUACUAUUAGUUGCAUGCACGAAAUAAUUUAAGUUUUCUGUUGGAAAUUAAAUGAUCUAAUGUGAUUUGUUUACUGAGUGCAAUCAUGUGUGCUGUUAUGUGAUGCUGCUGUUGUCAAAUCUCACCAUGCCAGUGUCUUAUAGCAAAAGACAUAGUGGUGACACGUUUUAUUCUAAAACACACAUGAAAACGAGGCCUUGAACCAGAAGAAAGUAUUUUAACGUCCAAUAAGUAUCUUUUAUACCAUGUGGAAUGAAUGUUAAAAUGCUUUUUAAUAAUCCUCAAGAACAUUUUUUUGAAGUAGUAGGCCAUCACAAUGAAAAACUUUUGAUUUGAUUUGAUUUGUAACAUUUUUCAUGUGUGGACUAAAAUAGAAGAAAUGUAUACAUUUGAAAUAUAAAGGCAUUCAUUUUGGUCUUGAAUUCUGGGAAGGUUUUGUUAUAUAUAUAUAUACAUACAGGGAGAAUUAUUCGUUGUUGAGAGCGAGCUUUGCUGACAGAAUUCCCUGAGAUGGUUUGAACUCUUGUCAGUAUUGUUGUUUGUUGAAUGACAGUGAUACAAAUAAUGCUAUAUUUUUAUUCUAUUUUUCUGUGCCAAAAAGAACAUUUCCAAUAGUAAGAAUGUUCUUCUUAAAAAUGUUGGAUCUAAAAAAAAAAAUAAUUAUAACAUUAUAAAAUUUUCACUAAAUAUGAAAAUGUUAACGCCUUAUGUUUAAGGAAUGGUUUGUUAAAGCAGUCAGGGUCGGUCCAAAGUUGUGGUGAUUCAUGAACUCAAGAGGUACCAAAAUAAUUCUGUUUUAUCAACAUUGUGCCCUUGAGCAAGGCAACUUAAUCAGAACAUGCAUGAAAUGGACUUGAAAUGAGUGUACCAAAAAUUACUUUGUAUAAUGUAUCAGCUCAAUAUAGUUUAAAAGAGAGUGCUGUAUGUCCCACGUUACUGUGAGGCUUUUUUAUCUCAAUGACCUGUUACUGACUCUGAUAUCGUAAUAAUAAUGCGAACAAAACUGGUUUCAAAGUCUGUUUUGUGAAAUAGUAUGCAAUGUUCAGUGUUCACAGCUUGAAAAUUUGCUAUUUGUUAAAAUGUCGACAUGAUAUGGUCACAUAAGCAUAACUGCAAAUAAAUAUUUUUUGGAAAAUAUAAUAAAGCAAUUUGCUUACAUUAA